AUGGAGCCCGCCGAGACCCUCGAGCAGAUGCAAACACGCCACCGCAAGGAGCAGCGCGACCUCGUCGGGCGCAUCACCUCCAAGAAGAAGAACGCGACCAAGAAGACGCGCAAGGGCGUCAACGACGAGUGCGCCGACAUGGAGCGCCGGCUGAAGGAGAAGCAGGCCGAGGAGCUCGCCGCGCUGUCCGGCGACGGCGGAGCCCCCGAGGAGCCCGAAGGUUCGGAAGACGAGAAGGAUGCCGCCGGUGACGAGGAGAUUGCGGAGAAGCUUGCGCAGACGACGAUUUCCAAACCCGAGACGACGACAGCGACGACAGAAGAGACACAAGGAACAGGAGGAGGCGGUGGUGGGGGGAAGAAGCGCAACCGCCAAAAGGAGCGGUUGGCGCGCCGCGCGGCGGAAGUCGAGGCCGCGGCCGUCAAGGCGGAGGAGGAAGCGGCGAACAUGACGGACCACCGCGGCAUCGAGAAGACGUACAUGCUCAACGAGUUCAAGGCGCACUCGCUCUCCGAGAAGGAGAUCGCGCCGGACGGGCACUGUCUCUUCUCCGCGGUGGCGGACCAGCUGCAGCAGAAGGGCAUCCCGCUAGCUGGUGAAGCGGAAAGCAAGCCGGCGCUUCCGUACAAGAUUGUCAGGCGGCGCGCGGCGGAGUGGAUGGAGGCGCACCCGGACGACUUUGCGCCGUUCCUGGAGGAGGGGCUGGAGGGAUACGUGAGGAAGAUCCGGGACACGGCGGAGUGGGGCGGGCAGCUGGAGCUGGUGGCGCUGGCGGGGGUGUACGGGGUCGAGAUUCGGGUUGUGCAGGACGGGCGAACGGAGAGGAUCGGGGAGGGCGGCGCGGCGGGGGAGGAGAUUUGGUUGGCGUACUACCGGCAUGGGUACGGGCUGGGCGAGCAUUACAAUUCUUUGAGGAAAGCUACAGCUACGGCGACGACGACAGCAUAG